AUGGGGUCUGAGGAAGAUAAGAAACUAACUAAGAAGCAGCUCAAAGCUCAGCAGUUCAGGAAAAGCAAGGAGGAAAAAGAUCAAGGGAAAGACGUUAAGCAAGAACAAUUACCAGAGGGAAAAAGACCUCUCAGUGGAGCCGGAAACGAUAAUGAAGAACCUGUAAAGAAAAAGAGAAAGACCCGCAGAGGCCGCGGUGGGAAGGGCAAAAAUGGCAAAAAAGGUAACAGAUUCAUUGUUUUUGUCGGCAGCUUACCAAGGGAUAUCACUGCUGUCGAAUUGCAAAACCAUUUCAAAAACAGUUCACCGGACCAGAUUCGCCUCAGAGCUGACAAAGGUAUUGCAUUUUUAGAAUUUGAUGCUGAUAAAGACCGCACCGGCAUUCAAAGACGCAUGGACAUUGCCUUGUUGCAACACGGCACCUUAUUGAAAGAAAAGAAGAUUAACGUCGAGCUAACCGUUGGUGGAGGCGGUAACAGUCAAGAGCGUUUGGAAAAGUUGAAGAACAAGAAUAUCAAACUAGACGAAGAGCGCAAGGAGAGGUUGACAAAAAUGAUAAGUGACGGUAACCAAAAGAAAAUGGCUAAAAAUGCAGCAGCAGCUCCAACUGUAACAUCUGGAGCGGGUAAUCGUGCGCCUGCGGGGAUCCAUCCUGAUAGAGCUAGAUUACUCAAAUGA